GAGAGAGAGAGAGAGGGUGGGGGUGGGGUGCUGGUGAUGUGAGAGUUGUAACGGCUCCGCUCGCGCUUCAAUGUUGCGGGCAGCGUGGAAUCAGAGCGCGCGAGCGUAUGGGAGGAGAGCGUGCACGAAUAAGCUAUUGGGGUUCCCAAAUAACGGGAACAGGCAGACAGAGCAAAACACGCAGGCGGAUGGACGGAAAUAUAGGCAAGUGAUCUUAAAAACCAGCGACGUAACGAGCUCUUUUCCCCCUGAUGUUUUCGUGCUUUAUUUAUUUGUUUGCCUUAUUUAGUCAUGUAUCGAUUGAUUGCGUUUUAAUUACUGGCGUGUGACAAGGUGCGUGGGAGGAGGGGCGAAUCCGGCGAACACGUUGAGUUGCCUUAUUUUUCUAUAGCUAUUUCAUUUAAACGAGCAAAAACAAGCAGACGCUUUUAACCACGUUUAAUGACUUUGUGCAAAUGAAUGUGUAGCCUGUAGCUGCUAGAACAAGGAAGAAAGCUAGAAGAGCUAGACCAAAUAAAUUCACCAAAAAUGCACCCCAUAUCCAAGUAAUAACAAUAUAUCAGCUGUCUUUUAUACGUUAUACAGUAUACGUGUGUUUUAUUUCAUUGUUAGAACAAAUGUAGAAUCGUCAGUUUAUUUCACAAGCAGACAACCAAAGUUAAAGCGACUGCGAGCAAGAAGAGAAGCAGGCCAGCUGAACAUAUACAGUGUUCAGUAUCGACAAGGACAGAAAUAACACUAUAGUUGAGAACCGAGAUAUGCAGUUAUAUACGCUCGCAAACAUGGUAAAUACAUGCCUUUGAGUGACAGAUACCUAUAUGUUCGACAAGCAGAUAUACCAAAUACUGUAGCUUAAUACCAAAACGAACAGACAAACGUGAAAGUAUCAGUGGAAUAACCAGCGUUUGUCUUGUUUCAAUCCGUCUAUCCGCCUGUGUGUGCGCGCGCGCUGGGAAAACACAGUCGCGUCUGCGUAUCUAUGCAUGUUCAUCCAAAGUACUACAAAAGAAUAAGUGGUUUUUAUAAAAUGUAACUGCGCUAUUUAGUGAAUAACCCGUUUGUGUCAGAAACCCCUGAACCACCGACGAAACCAAAUGAUUUAGCCAAGUGCGAAAAAGCCACAACUGCUCAAAUUGCAAAGAAAAACUCAAAUCAACAGCAAACAGAACAUCUGAAAAGAACCAGACAAAAAGACGGAUCAUGUUUGUUCCUUUGCCGGUGCCGUUUGUCUUGCCGAGAACUGCCUCCGACCUCCACGCCUGGCGUCUCAAGUCCCCGCUGGCUCUCCGCUCACACUCCGGCGAGAACAGCUAUGGCAGACUACUGGAUUACAUCAGAAUGUCAAAACCAGUAGAAGUUGAGAAUCCAGCGGCAGAUUCUCCAAUGGAGAGCACAGACUCAGAAAGAAAUGGCUCAGAUUCAAAUAAUCAGGUUCAGCCAAUGAAAAUCAACCCUUUCUCCAUUUCACCCACAUUGAGCAGCAGCAUCAAGGCGAAAGUGGAGGAUUGUGGUGAAAUGUCUCCCACCACUGCUACACCCGCUCAGACAGCUCUUACCCACACACAGCUGAUGCUGACAGGAGGACAGCUUGCAGGAUUGACUGCACUUUUGCCUGCACAGCAGCAGCUGCUCUUACAGCAGGCGCAGCUCCUCGCUGCAGCUGUGCAGCAGUCACAUGUGGCCCACGCAGCCAAUCAACAGCAGGCCCAACAGCAGGCCCAGCAGCAGGCCAAUCAGCAAGCAGCUCAGCAGCAAUCACAAGGCCAAUCGCAGAGCACACAAGAACAAGCUGCUGCUGCCCCCGUCCCACCUCCUCCUCCUCCUCCUCCUCACCAGCUUCCUCUUUCUCAGCCAAUCCAGCUCACUGCCCAGGACAUUCAGCAGUUACUGCAGCUGCAGCAGUUAGUCCUCGUUCCAGGACACACUCUGCCUUCACCCGCACAGUUUCUCUUACCACAAACACAGCAAGGCCAGCAAGGGCUGCUAUCGACACCAAAUCUAAUUCCUCUACCUCAGCAAAACCAAGGAAGCCUGCUGGCCGCUCCACCCAGACUUAGUCUUCAAGCACAGAGAGAGAAAAUAGCAGAGAGCAGCCUGAACACAGUGACCACAGUCACCUCCCACCCUGAGGAGCCCAGUGACCUGGAGGAGCUGGAGCAGUUUGCCCGCACAUUCAAGCAGAGGAGGAUCAAACUGGGCUUCACACAGGGUGAUGUGGGGCUGGCCAUGGGGAAGCUGUAUGGGAAUGAUUUCAGUCAGACCACUAUCUCUCGAUUUGAGGCGCUUAAUCUCAGCUUCAAGAACAUGUGCAAACUCAAACCUCUGUUGGAGAAGUGGCUUACUGAUGCAGCAUUUUUUAAUGUUUACUCAGAAACAAUGUCGAUGGACAGUACCCUGCCGAGUCCCAGUUCUCUCUCGUCUCCCUCGCUGGGGUUCGAGGGUCUGCCUGGCCGCCGCAGGAAGAAACGCACCAGCAUUGAGACCAAUGUCCGCGUCGCUCUGGAACACAGCUUUUUAGCGAACCAGAAGCCUACCUCAGAGGAGAUCCUGCUCAUUUCAGAGAAGCUCAACAUGGAGAAGGAGGUGAUCCGCGUGUGGUUCUGCAACCGCCGACAGAAAGAGAAACGUAUUAAUCCCUCCAGUGCCACCCCUCCCUUGCCCAGCCAACCCCAGCCCACCUCGCACAAACCCCCCUGCUACAGCCCGCACAUGAUGUCCAGUCAGGGUCCACGACAGACAGUGGGCAGCCUCAGUACAGCAGUGACUACCAUGUCAUCAGUUUGCCCAAUGACACCAAGCGGGCCCUCCUUAAGCUCCACCCCAUCUCCUGUAACCCCGCCUCCCCGUGGUGAUUCCAGUCCCGCCCCUCCAACUCACAGUACACUAAAUCUGAGCACAGGUUCAUGGCAUAAAAAGAAUGGUGACGUUUCAAACUACAUCACUGACUUUGCUGCAAGUUUGAGGAAUACGGUGAGGGGAGUUAACACAGGAUUGAACCAAGCUCUUCUUGGCAGCAACCCACUUGCUACUAUCCAAGCUCUAGCAGCCAGUGGUGGCCAGCUCCCCAUUUCCAGUCUUGAGGGCAGCAGCAAGGUGUUAAUUGGUGGUUCUGGGGCCCAAGGAGCUGGUCUCCCUUCUUCUCUCUUCCUCAACCACUCCUCUAUGUUGCCCUUGGCAACAGGCCCUGGAAUGGGAUUGGGCGGUUCAGCUGUUGGUAAAACCUCAUUUCCUGUCACAGGCGGGAUGAGCCCCUCUCCUUGUUCAAGCCCAGCUUCUUCCUACUCUUCCGGCGAAAUGCUACACAGCCCGCACUCGAUUGGAGGGGCUAAAAUCGAGUGACGUUGUCCAAAGCCAAUCACAGGAGGAGAAGGAGGAGGUGAAACCUUACCUGUCAACCAAAGCAUCUCUUGAGCCCCUCGCUCCCUUCUAGUUCCUCUCGUUCACACUCCCUCUCUUCCGCUCUCCCACUCUACCGAUGCCAAAAAUAUACAGAGUAGAAGAGGGGAGAGAUGGAGAGAUGGAGUGGACGGAGGAUGGAAGAGCAGACGAGGGAAAACGAAACCAAAAAUACACCACAAGGCUUAGCAGGGCGCAGCCAAAUAUGUCAAAAAAAGAAGAACAACAACAAAAAAAAAGACUAUGUGCAUAGUGCAGGACGAAAAGAGAUCCUUGAGCACCAAAAAGGACAGACUUUACUGUGUGUUGUAGAACUAUGGCAACUCUUUGCAGCAAACAAGUGGAGUACCGAAAUACCAAAAAGUAUAAAGGAACUUUGAGAUACUCACUAUGACAAAAGAAUACAAGCAAACCAAAUCUCAAAUACCAAAAACAAACACCAAAAAUACGGAUGGAAAAGCUUUAUCCAAAGGACCUGUAAAUAGCCAGCCGUCCAGGACCAGACCCAGUGACAAAACUUCAGCCAUCUCUGAGCUCGUCAUCUCAUCACACCACUGUCUUUUUUCUCAAUUUAUUUGAUUCAUAGUUUCAGUGUAAAAUAUGAGCGAGCUGGGCACAAACGCUCUCGUGUUUCUCUGGUACUUCCUCAUUCUUGUCUUUUUAUUUUCAGGAGACUGUCCAUCAGUCUCUUUUGAAUGUUUCAGUACAUAUGAUCAUCAUCAUCAUCAUCAUCUCAUGUCUUCUUGAGUAUAUCGAGAGAUUUUUUUUGGCAUUUGGUCUUUGAUGUUCAUCCUAUUACCACUGCAGCUUGAUGCACGUUUGUCAGAUGACAUGAAUGUUGUAAUAAAAGUGAGACCAAGCUCCUCUCUCUAGCUUUCAGACCUUUAGUUAAGUGUAAAUACUCUCAUUUCCCUCUUCAUAAUAGAGUGCUUGCACACUUCCUUAUUCCAUUUCAUUUCAUGCCUCCUCGCUCACUUUCUCCCUUUUGAAUACCAAAGCGAUCCAUUCAUACAUGAUCAGUUCUUCAUUCACAUCCUGCAGAAAGAGAUCGAGGGCCCAAACCUCGAUGAAGCCACUCGUAAACGUACAUGGGAACAUGUGGGAUCUGAUACAGCCAAGGGGCUCCCAUCCUCUCUGCUUCUUCUUCAAGCCAAAAAACGAAGCAAAACUUCAGAGCCAGCCAAACUUUCCAGAAAGGAAAACCAAGCCAAAAAAUGGAUGGAGGAGCAAAACGAGUCAUUGUACAGAAAAAAAAGAAGAAAAAAAACGCAUCCCUUCAUGCAUCUCUGGCCUGAGGUCAUCCAGAACCAUGUAGCAAGGGAGUCUCCUCUGCCUCGUGUCAUUCAAACUCCUCCUGGUCCUGGGUGGUGGGAUCUUUGAAGACCUCACUGGACUCAUCUGAAAAAGAUGUUUCGGGUUCGUUUGGGGGUUGGGAGGGUUGUUACGUUUGGUCUUUCGUUCCGUCUAACUGUUUUGUGGGGGCUUUUCUCAGCUGUGUGUAGAUUUGUGUGCUUUCGUUUGGAGAAAAGGUAUUCACGUAUUUGCGGAGGAAUCUCAUUUUUUACGUUCCUUACUCGUUCCUAUCUAGUUGUGUUAGAGACUCUAAUCAGGUGGUUGAAACAAUACUGUGAAAAUUCAGUUCAACAGAUAAGAAACCAGGAUAAACACACGCUCAAGUACAUCUAAAGAACCAAAGUCAAGUAUAAACAUGCUUUAAAGAGAACCAAAUAUCACAUACACGAUAACGAUUUACAUACUCUCAUCCACCUUACCGUUGUAUUUAUAUCGUGCUGAAACAUGUAGUCGGUGAGUGCUGCAGGUUUAACGAAGGGAUGGAUACAUGAACUCAGUUCUCUACGUUACCGUAUAGUCCGAAUGGGUCAGUUAGUGCUUCUAUAGACUUUUGUAGUAAAUGAUCUAUGUUAUAAUGCUUACUAAUUGCUAAUGUAUGGAAGAAAAACAUUGUGAAAAGAUAAAAAAAUGUUGAUAUUUACUUAGACCAAAAAUUCACACUAUCUCUCGUUUUGGGUUUUUGGGUUUUCUUCCUCCCCCUUUUGAAAGACUUUGAUUUCUUUAUUUAUUCUCCCUCUUGCUCGUUUGUGAGUUUUCUUAACAAAUCUUUUUUUAUAUAUUAUUAUUAUUAUUAUUAUUUAUUUAAUAUAUUCCAAAUGCUGUUUUGUAGUGGGUGUGUUUGAGGCACCAGAUUGUAUUCAAAUGUAAACUUCCUUUGCCAAGGCGACCUUUCAAACCAAAUCCAUCGACAAAUGCAACUGCCGGUCUAAACGGACCGGCUGCUAGUCGGCAGCGUAGGGGUGGACGCUCGUCCUUUCGACCUCUUAGCUGUCCCUUACUGGACAGAGCCUGUGGAGGGGAAACCUAUCAGGGGAAAAAGCAGCACUGUGUUUCUUCUGCCCAAGUGUUUUGGUAGCAUUCAUUCGACGCUCAAGUAACCUUCCAGAGUAAAAGCAUGCACUGCCAUGGCUUAGAAUGGAUUCGGUUCAAAAAGAACCUGCAUUGUAUGUGUACAUACCUGUCUUAGCACUGCUGCUGUUAGCGAUCGUGUUGCUAUGGUUACUGUCGUGAUGGCUACCGCACACGUGUGAUGAGCGCAGUGCUGCCGUGAGCCUUGACCUGAAAGCUUUAAACAGCUACAAAACCAAAAAAACUUUAGGAGAGGAAAGAUGGAGGGAUCCUGGAGAUGAAACGCAGUCAAAUGUAUGCACUGUAUGAUGGUGGAAAUGUAUCAGUGCUCCAUCUUCCUCUCUUCUUCUGCUCUCUGCCUCACUCCUCCUCCUCCUCUUUGUCCUAUUUCUACUCCUGCUUUGUUUCGUAUUUAUUUUGUAACGUGUCUGUUGUUCUGUCUCCUGGUUAGGGGGUGUAGAAGAGAGAUAGAUCCUCAUAUACCUCACUCUCUUAAUGAAAAACCAAAUAGAUCAAUGACUUUAAACAGAGAAGCGGGCAGCAUACGUCAGUUGGGGCUGAGGUGACUUGUUCAGACCAAAGCAUGGUCUAAAUAGGGCUUUUCACACUGCACUUAACUCUGGGAUAUCAUUGUCCUAAACCCUGUAUUUCACACCAGGUAAAUAAACAAUUCACAAUUGGAAUUUAGAGGGGUUAUUACUGCCUUUUAAUUUGGGUUUAAAAGCCCUACACCAAAGUCAACACUUUCAUACUAUUUGGGGUUUACCAAAGUUACAGAGGUAAAACCCUCUUUUGCUUUUGCGAUUAGUCCUUCUUAAGAUCAAGUGAGAGGUUGGUAGGUUUACAUAUAUCACAGAUGUGUAUUUAAACUGUGUUUACCAAACAUUCAAGGCAAUGAAAGCACCCCACAAUGUACUUGGGAGCUUUUCAAACACUUCAAAUUUCCAACAAUCACCUAUUGGUUUAUUCAUACGCAGUAGUACCAGCCCACCAGGAGUACUUUCGAAUCCACAUUAGCACAUAUGUAGUGUACACAAUCUUGGCUCUGGUAUACUGAGUGAUUAUGCAUGCUUAUUAUUAGCCCUCCUCCUCCCUGGCACUACCUGUAGAGAUCUGCUGGCAGUCUUUUCAUUAUUUUGACUUAAGCCCUGCUCACACUGUGACAUUUCAGCCACGAUUUUGUCAUGAGACAAUUUUGGGAAAUCCUAAAAUAUUCCUGAAAUCCUAGGCUAAAAUCGGAGAUCUUUGAUCGUUGGUUUGACAUGUUCAAUGACAGCCGCUAAAUGCCUAUUGCGAUCAGAUUUUUCCUCAGAUGAAGUUCUGGCAGUGUCAGAAGAUUUUAGACACUUUCCUGCAGUGUGACAACUGCUGCGAUGAAUGUCAAUUCAAGAACCAAUAGGAGCGCAGAAUUUGAUGAUACGAUUCAUGUGACUAUUCAAACAACGCGGGGUAAUGUCAAAACAUUUAUAAUUGGGAUAUGCUGUGUGCAAAAUUGCCGCUACAGAGUUUUUACGUUUAAUGUGAUGAAUCAUUUUAGAACGCAGAAUAGUAAAAAUGUCACGGGUGGAUGACGUCAAACUCCAGGGGCGUUUACUUUCAUGUUUGUUUUGUGUUUCGUUUUCGUGUUCAUUGUAGUUCAGUCUGACUUUAUGACAGCUGAGAUCUUACAGUCUGACAUGGGAGCCAUGUUCGUGCAGUCUGACAUGCUACAAUCGUUCAGGAUUAUAAAAAUAAAAAUGUAAAAAAAAUUAAUUAAAUAAAAUCGCUGAGCCGACAUUAAGCUAAGAUUAAAUAUUAUAUUCUUGUUCUAGAAUUUCAUACCCAUGCCAUUAAAUGCUGGUUAUCCCCUCCAGAGUUGUCAUGAUUGAACAACUUUUUUGGCUGUACAUUGCAGUAGGGCCUCCUGUGGUGCUUUCUGCACCAUGCCAAGGAGAGCCAGAAGCAAAUCAACACACACUAUUUUUUCUUAAAUGAUCAAGCGACUUUUACUAUUACCACGUGACCUGUAAGGGCGAAAUAAAACUGUUACCAAUGCAAUUCUGUGAAAAAAAACUCUUAGCAGCGAAAUUUGUGUUUUAACAUUUGCAGUUUCUAUUUUCUCAAUUUGAAAAUAAAGUUCAUAAAAAUGGGUAAUACAAUUAUUGUAAACUUUUUUGUGCAAUGUAUGAACUGGCACUACAAUAUUGGCCUUAUUUUCUUCGUAUAAGUGAGCACAGCCAUUGGAUUCAUUUCGGCUCAAGACUUCUAAUCUCAUUUACUUCCAUUCAUUUUUAGAUGGUAAAAAAAGCUCGUUUUGCUGCUUGAUAGCUGACUGAUGACUGAUAUUUUCGUAUUGUAUUAUUCUACUUUGUCUGUAUAAUCAUGAACACACUUGUUUGUACAGCAAGUAUUUUGACCGUUUUCUGGAGUUUAUUAUAGUCAUAGUUAGGCAUGGGACGAUAACCGGUUUGAUGGUAUACUGCGGUUUGGAAAAGUCAGCUUCUCUACCAUUCCUGAGGUAUAUGUACGAUUUUUUUUAUAUUUUUUUAAUUUGUAAGGACAACAGUAUCUCGAUAGGAAAUGAUAUCCAAGGAUGCCGUUUUAAAUUGUAAAGAAAUUUAUGUUUUUAAAAACAGUUAAAAGACUGCAGACGUCAAUGACUUAAUUGAAUUAUUUAGGCUGAUGUGUUUACUGCUCCAAAAUACUUAAAAAAUGUUUCUCAAAAUGAAAUAUAUUGUGUUCAAAGCGGCAAAGCUGGUUUUAUUUCCCAGAAAAAGAAUAUCUUUCAGAGCAGUAAUCACAAUAUCGUCAAACCGUGAAAUUUUUAUUCAAGGUUAUCAUACCGUCAGAAUCUUAUACCAGCCCAUGUCUAGUCAUAUUCCUAAUCAUUUCUCCCACAUGCAAAUAAUCGCAAAAACUAGCACACUCCCGCAUUGAAGAAUAAAGCCAAUAUGAGGUAUUACUCCAAUCAAAGACACUGACACAGAAUAUGCAAGUUCGCGUUUUGGAAUUUGCAGUAGGCUAUGAAAUGGCAGCUUUUGAAUACCCAGGAUUAAUUCUUAAUGAGGGUCAUUUAUAGGCAAUGUCAAUGUUUUGUUGACCAAGAGCUUAGAAUGGCCCAGGGUUAACUACUGAAAGUGUGAAAAGCCCUAAAAGUUUCAUCCAUACAAGUUCACUGCCUUGGCUCUUGGGAUUGCUUUUUACACAGUCACUAAACACAGACUCUAUCUCACACACACAGUGUACCUGUAUGUGUAUGUAUGUAAGUGAGAUAGGUGAGUAAGAGCGGUGACUGUUGUUGCUAGGUGACAAAUUUUAUGUCUAAAAACGCAGCGAUGUUGAAGAUAUAUAACGGAAACCUUUCAAUCUUCCGCUACCUUUCCUCUAGCUUUCGUUCUUACCGUCAGAGUCGGGCGCAGUUUCUGAUACUUUAACUUAACGACGUUGAUAUGCAAGUUAACAGCAGCGUAAGGGAGCGUGUUCAAAGUGCAAGUCUCUCAGUGGCGUGAAUCUCCAGAGAAAUGAUACCAAAGCAACACGCCAGUCUGAGGGCGAACACAACACACACACUCCCUAAAACCCUGCUCACAAUCCUUCAGUUUGAUUCGCAUUGGCGUUCACUUUAUAAAUUAAUUAUUAACAAUCGGAGAAGGGUUUAAAAGUACCAGAAAACAUCAGUCUUAGCAUCUGAAAAGGGCCUGACUGAUAGAACUGCAAAUAUGAGUAGGCUAUUUUCAUCCUCAUUUUUCUUUCUGGUUGUUUUAUGCUAGCGUUGUAUGUGCAUUACUCGUAAAAAAGAAGAAGAUGAAAAAUAUACCAGCUUCAGGCCAAAGGUGUUUAAAAGAUUUUUAAGAAUAGCAAAGAACUUAAACACGUCUAGUUAAACCAAAGAGCUCCACGAACAACACCUCCUCAGCUGUUUUAUUUCGUCUCUGGUCACCUAGCAACCCAGUUUCUGAAGGUAUAACCUCAACUAUCCAAAGCAGAUAAUAAAGAAAAUGUAUAUUUUUAAUUGUUCAUUAUUUGGGGGGAAUCUUCAUGAUGAUGAUGAUCAUACAGAAAAGACUUGGUAUGUCUGUGAUGAUUUUUAUGCUUUGACUCUCUCUCUCUCUCUCUGGAUUUUUAAUCUGUCCCCUAAAUGUUUUCCCAGAUUUAAUUUCACUGCUCACUCUGUCUGUGCGUAAAAGAGCGCGCGCGGGUGCGUCACUGCUUAUGUUCACGCGCGUGGACGUAUUUUACACUCUUGUCAGAAAUGCGGUUAUUUUGGCGGUGUGAAUAUGUGCGUGCGUCUGUUUUGCUUGUUGAUGUACCUUGUCAUGUUUUUACCCUUUCCAUCGUCCCCAUUUCUUCUCCCUUGAGUUGAGCAGUCCUUCUUUUCUGUUCUCUGUGUCUCUCUUUUCCUCCCUAUGAUGACAGGUUAGCCUUUCGGUGUAAUUAUCUCUGAAACCAAAAAAUAGUUGACAAAUAACUCGCUUGUUCAUUGUACAGUGUUGUUCAUUUAAAGUCAUUUUUGUAACUGAAAGUGUUUCACUCAUCUGAAUAAAAACGGUAGAGAAAAAGA